AGCCGCGCCAAUCCAAUGCAGAAGACAGGGAAAGCGGGAGAUCGCGCCGCCGCCAAUUUGACCCAGUUCAGCGUUACCGACGUCUACCAUGGAGUUGGUCCAGUGGUAACAUUGUUUGCGGGUAGUAAAGUUUGGCAGCUGGUUGUGUGCGUUUUGUGGCCUGGCCCUGUUUGACCCAAGUGUUCUGCUGUCUGGCAGCACGGAUUGUAUCACUUCAGAAAGUGUGUGCAGUGGUCAGCAGACUGCCGGCCCUGAACUUUGAGGACCAGCGAUGAGUCUCCACCGAUGCUUUUUUGCGAGUGCGUUAUUUGUGCUGCGAAGUAUGAAAGUUUCGCUGCGCGGAGAAUGGUGAUGAUCAUGGAAUCGGGCGAAACUUCUGAGACGCCCGUGAUUAUGGGCUUCACGGAGGACCCAACGAGCGCCGACGAAACCGCCUUCUCUGAGAACGAGCCGCAGACGGUUAGCGUCAGUGUGACGGACCACCUGCCGAACGUCCUUCUCGCUACGUCGCAAGGCAUCAUCACAUCCGAGCAACUUCAACAGGCUGGCAUCAAAGCCACGCAUAUCGUUAUCCACGAUCAGAGUGCGCUAGACGUGUUCAAAACAGCACAGGCAUCACUGGCAGCCCAGUCAUCUAGUGAUGAUGGCUCAGGAACUGCCCAGAAGUACAAGUACAACUGGGAUGAGUCUGUCCAUGAGCCGGAACUUUUAGUGCGUUGCCGCAAUGUGUGCGGUCACCUCCACAAGAAUAAGUUUGGCUCAGGAGGCAGGGGCCGCUGCAUCAAAUCUGGCAGUCGGUGGUACACACCAUCAGAGUUUGAGGCCCUGUGUGGGCGGGCAAACAGCAAGGACUGGAAGCGCAGCAUCCGCUAUGCGGGACGCACUCUCCUGUGCCUUAUUGAGGACGGCAUCUUGAUGCCACAUGCCACAUCUUGCACAUGUGCUGCCUGUUGCGAUGACAUGGUCGUGAGUGGGCCAGUUCGUCUUUACACACCUUAUAAGAGGAAGCGAAAAGAAGAGGCACUUACUGCUGGAAGGUCAUCUGAUGAACCACCUGAAAAGUUGCCAGCUUUGGCUCCAAAGCCUGCACCGUCCAAACCAAAUGAAUGUGGCCCUGCUGUGGAAACAACAGUCACGACUUCGCACUUGGCACCCACACCAUCUGACUUUUUUACAGAGCAGCGACAGUGGUGGCAGCUGGAAGAAAUGGUGAAGAAUCUCACAAAGCAAGUGCAAGAACUUCAGAAGCAAGUGGACAUGGUGAAGGCACAAAGUGUCGUGACGAGGGAAGCAGCGCUUCGGCAACUUAGAGUGCAACUUGAAAAUGAGAAAAAGGAGGCCAUGAGCACCACUUGGGUUGAGGCACAGAUGAGCUUGUCAAGGAGUGUGAUGGAAGUGCGCACUGAAAAGGAAACAACUCAGGCCACUGCCAGCAUCCAAAGUUCUGGAGCCACAGAGGAUGACCUUGUACCAAAGAGGUGUGCCAACUGCAACCGGGAAGCCUUGUUGGAGUGCACCGGGUGCCAUCGGGUCAGCUACUGCAGCCCAUUUUGUCAGCGCAAAGACUGGAACACUCACCAGGAGAGCUGUUCUGAAGAGGCUGACGAGGAAGAGCCUGGCACAACGGAUAAGCGGCAGUCACAAGCCAGUUCUGUCUAAUUGUCAUGUGCUGCUGUUUUAUGGACAGAAUUAGCAGUGUUACUGCCAUUUCAUGGCUGUCGAUUUGCACGGCGGCUGCACUGGGAGUGAGCCGAUGGGUACCAGUUUGUGGUGUUUAAUGAAAUACAUAUGUGUGAGUGACGUCAAGUGGUGAUGCCCAGCCAGUGUUCACAUUUAUGGCCAGUAUAAGACAUUGACCAUUGUGUGGGGAUGCAACUCUUGUUGAUCACCACACUAGUGCAAGAGAAAAUAUUCUUUUCAUCCUGUUAUGAUUGUACCAUUGUUGUCUUAGCUACAAGUUCAGCAGUUUCAUUUAGACCCAAAUGCUGAAAUUAGAGCGUUGUAGAAGAGCGUUCUCAUCUUUUGGUGAGCGUUACUGGUACCGACUUCCAUGGCUGCACAUACACGGAGUUUACUGGGCUCCAGUAAAGUUUACAGAGGAUACUCCCGCUGUAUACUGUGUUUGCAUAAGAACAUGGCACCAUGUGAUAGGAAAGGAGUCUGUCUAUAGGCCCAGGUUACCGGAAGCAUUAGAGAUAGGCCAGUAACAUGAAGGAAUGCUGUUUAUGGAGGAGGACUGUAUGGGACACACAUAAAGGACAGUAAUAAAACAUAUACAUUGCAGCUCUCAAAAACACACAAGAUCAUUUAGAUGUCUGGCUAUGUUUGUUUAAAGCUUGAAUGAUAAACAUUGAGCUACCAUUCUUCACUAACCAAUACCUAUCAAAGGAGUCCUGGUGCUAUUCACUAGUAAAGAUGGUAAAUGACUGUCUCCUUCCCAGAACAGGCGUCUCACUUACGCGCACCGUCACUGCGAUGACCGUAGCACCAGGCAACAGGGCUACGAGCAUGUUGUGGCAUUCAUGCAGUGGGCACGCCUUCUCAAGUCACAGGCUUGAGCUUGAAGAUGCUUUGCUGCACCAUGACGCCUUUUUGAUGGGCCUGGUCAAGCUUUACAGAUGCGAGCGCCCUGGGCACGGUGUCCGAAGCCCUAGAUGCCAAGGAAAGCCAGCGGCACACCACUUCUUGAACGCAGUCUUUCUCUUUCAAUGGUGUGCGCUCUAAACAAUCUGCACCGCAUUCUCAUCACAUUCUUCUCCCCUAUUUAAGAAAUUCAUAUGCAUUUCUUGGGGAUGCUUUCGAAAAGUUCAUGAAGCAUGCAACUUCGUAGAGAAGCAGGCAGGAGUCAUUCUGGUACUUGCACAGGCUAUUACUGAUGAUGGCUGCUUUCCAACUUAGCCAGGUGGAGUGUUCAUUUGCCCACUAUGAAGUCGAAGGGAAGAUCACCUUCCACAGACAGUGAAAUCAAGCACAUACUGCAAACACUGACGAAAGCCAAACGUUCAGUAGAAAUUUGUCACCCAAGAAGAAAUAUGCCGCUGGCAGCGAUGCAGCAAGCUUUUCAUGGCAUGACAACAAGCACUACAUCCAAUCAUAAACAGUUACACAAACAAGUUUUCAGCAUGCUGUCCUAUGCCCUAGUGUUGCUUUCUGUCAAAAACAGUUCCGCACACUCAGAAGAAAUGUAAAUAUAACAUUUGAAUAAAAAGUUACCUACGGUACAAACUGACUUUGUCAAUGACAAAACACGUAUGGCUAAUGUAGCACUUCACACCACGUAUGGUAAACACGGUCGCAAAGACAACUGAUCACCAUAUGUCGCUAGUCAAGAGGCAGUCAUUGAAUAUUUAUACCAAGGCUCUGACACCAUUAAUUAAUUAAUUAAUUAAUUAAUUCAUUCAUUCAUUCAUUCAUUCAUUAUACCCUCAAGGUACAGCAUAUGCAAGGUACCUCCCUCAUGAUUCCUACAAUUAACCCAUGGCCCUCAGUCCCCAGCAGCUGCAGAGCACCUAACUAAGGCGGUGGUCAGACCUGUAACGCAGCAGAGGGUGCUAAGAAUCUCUGGGUCUGGACAGGCUGCCAAUGGAAACUUAUCCUUGCAACAUUCAACACCUGAACCCUCUCAAGUGAGGCUAGCUUAGCAGGGCAUUUUGAGGAACUAUCAGACAUUGUUUGGGAUAUCAUCGGCCUUAGUGAGAUUAGAAGAACUCGUGAGGCUUAUACAUUGCUGAAUAACGGACAUGUCCUCUGCUGUAGAGGUCUCCUAGAUAAGAAGUAAUACGGGGUAGGAUUCCUAAUCCAUAAGGACAUAGCAGGCAACAUUGACAAAUUCUACAGCAUUAAUGAGAGGGUAGCUGUAGUCGUAAUCAAACUUAAUAAGAGGUAUAGAUUAAAGGUUGUUCAAGCCUAUGCUCCAACAUCCAGUCACAAUGAUGAUGAAGUAUAUCAAUGUUAUGAAGAUGUUCAAUUAGCGAUGAGAAAAGUGCAAACUCAGUGUACUGUAGUCAUGGGCGACUUGAAUGCAAAAGUGGGGAAAAAGCAGGCUGGUGAACAAGCAAUUGGCAACUGCAGCAUCAAUUCUAGGAACGCUAGAGGAGAGAUGCUGGUAGAAUUCACAGAAAGGAAUAAGCUGCCAAUAAUAAACACCUUUUUCAGGAAGCAUUGGAAGAAAAUGUGGACCUGGAAAAGCUCUAAUGGUGAAACAAGAAAUUAAAUUGAUUUCAUACUUUCUGCCGAUCCCAGCAUAGCGCAGGAUGUAGAAGUGUUAGGUAGUCUAAAGUGAAGUGAUCAUAGCUUAGUGAGGGCUAGGAUUCACCUCAAUUUGAAAAGAGAAAUGGUAAAAUUGGUCAGGAAGAAAGAGGCCAACCUAGAUGCAGUAAGGGUAAAAGCAGACAAAUUGAGGCUGGUACUUGCAAUCAAAUAUACAGCCGUAGAACAGAGAGAUGAAGAUGACAUAGAGAUAAUGAAUGAAACUGUAACUAUGCUGGCUUCAGAGCAGCAAUUGAAGUGGGAGGCAAGGCACCAAGGCAACCAGUAGGCAAGCUCUCCCAAGUAACAAAGGACCUAAUAAAGAAACGACAAAGAAUGAAAGUGUCCAAUUCAAGAGACAAGAUAGAGUUCGGGGAACUGUCAAAAUUGAUCAACAAGGAGAAAAGAAGGGAUAUUCGAAAUUAUAAUGUGAGGAAGACUGACGAUCUAGAAAAAGAAAAUGGAUGCAGCUUGAAAUCAGUGAGAAGGAAACUUGGCAUAGGACAAACCAAGAUGUAUUAUGCACUGAAACAUAAGCAAAGUACUAUCAUCACAAAUAUCGAGGGUAUAG